AUGGGUUACUACAAGGUGAAGGCCGGAACGGCCAUGACAAAGGACCUGGUCAAAAAGUUGAAUGUUGGUGAUAUUGUUGAGGUUAUUUACAGAAAAGGUGCGCAUGAUAACAGUGUAAGUUUUUUUACGUUAUUAUACGUUUUUUUAAAUUUAUCUUUCUAUAUGACAAGUUUAACGGCAAUCAGAGGGGGGGGGGCAGGUCGAGUACUUUCCUUGUAAACUAUUUUAAUUUCAGCAUUAUGGAAUCUACGAUGGAGUUUAAGAAGAUGGGACCAGCCAACUUCACAAACAACACGUUGUCUACCAUUUCGCUCGCAUCGAUGAUAAGGGCGGUCUUGCCGACCUGUUUUGUGGUUCUGGCGAUUACAUUAUCCGUAUGGAUAGUCUAGCUAAUUUUAGAGGGUAAGGAUUUUUUUCUUAUUUUCAGAAAAGCGGGGGGGGAAUUGAGUUUAUUUUUUGUCUAAUUGAGUCUAAUUUUUCUCUAAUGUAUUAUCUGUAGAUCGUCAGAGAACAAGGUUACUGUUGUCAACAAUGACCAUGACAAGGACUGUGCACCACUGCCAAAGAACGGAUUCUUCUUCGCUGCCGGCUGA